UCACUAAUAUAUUUGUGAUUAUAAAGACAACACGCCAAAUCAAGUUAAGUUAGUAAAUAAAAGCACAAUGUUCUUCUGUGUUCUGAUUGGUGACCCGAGCUCUUCUCUUUGUUCUGAUAGGAACUUCUCACACCAUUUUUUGGCAAACACUAUUCCGCACUGGUGACCCCUACCAAUCCACCACUCUACAAAUUAUCAUCUCUGGACUCGCAGCUGACACCCUGCCGGAGGCAAGAGCUACUAAGCCAACUGGAACUGUGCCUUUUCCUUUGUCAAGGUUUUUUUCUUACACAGGAAAAAGAAAGAAAAAAAAAAGGAGAUGAAGUUGGGCAAGGUGGAGUUCUGCCAUUUUCUGCAGCUGAUAGCUCUUUUCCUGUGCUUUUCUGGAAUGAGUCAAGGAGAACUCUCAAGAUCCGGAUCAAAGCCGUAUUUCCAGUCAGGGAGAUCUCGGACCAAGCGCAGCUGGGUGUGGAACCAGUUCUUUGUGCUGGAAGAAUACAUGGGCUCAGACCCCCUCUACGUAGGCAAGCUGCACUCCGAUGUUGAUAAAGGCGAUGGUUCCAUCAAAUACAUCUUGUCGGGAGAAGGGGCCAGCUCCAUAUUCAUCAUUGAUGAGAACACGGGUGACAUCCAUGCGACCAAGAGGCUGGACCGUGAGGAGCAGGCCUACUACACGCUCAGGGCCCAGGCUCUGGACCGGCUCACCAACAAACCCGUGGAGCCCGAAUCCGAGUUUGUCAUCAAAAUUCAAGAUAUCAACGACAACGAGCCCAAGUUUUUGGACGGUCCCUACACCGCGGGCGUCCCAGAAAUGUCUCCUGUGGGGACUUCAGUGGUCCAAGUGACAGCCACAGACGCUGAUGACCCGACCUACGGUAACAGCGCCAGGGUGGUCUACAGUAUCCUUCAAGGCCAGCCGUACUUCUCAGUGGAGCCAAAGACAGGAGUCAUCAAGACUGCCCUCCCAAACAUGGAUAGAGAGGCUAAAGACCAGUAUUUGCUUGUCAUUCAGGCAAAGGAUAUGGUUGGCCAAAAUGGCGGGCUGUCAGGAACAACCUCAGUCACUGUGACACUCACUGAUGUCAACGACAAUCCGCCUCACUUCCCACGAAGGUCUUACCAGUACAAUGUCCCCGAAUCCUUACCCGUGGCCUCUGUUGUAGCCAGAAUCAAAGCUGCCGACGCAGAUAUAGGAGCUAAUGCAGAAAUGGAAUACAAGAUUGUAGAUGGCGAUGGACUGGGGAUAUUCAAAAUAGCUGUCGACAAAGACACCCAGGAAGGAAUUAUUACUAUACAGAAGGAACUGGAUUUUGAAGCCAAAACAAGUUACACGCUCCGCAUAGAAGCUGCAAAUAAAGAUGCCGACCCCCGUUUUCUGAGCUUGGGGCCCUUCAGUGACACAACGACUGUGAAGAUAAUUGUGGAAGAUGUGGACGAGCCCCCCGUGUUUUCUUCACUCUUGUACCCCAUGGAGGUGUCGGAAGCAACCCAAGUUGGCAAUAUCAUUGGCACUGUCGCGGCUCACGAUCCAGAUUCUUCCAACAGCCCUGUGAGGUAUUCAAUUGACAGAAACACAGACUUGGAGAGAUAUUUCAAUAUCGAUGCCAACAGUGGAGUGAUUACAACUGCUAAGUCUUUGGAUCGAGAGACCAAUGCUGUUCAUAACAUCACAGUCCUAGCAAUGGAGAGCCAGAAUCCCUCCCAGGUGGGCAGAGGCUACGUGGCCAUUACUAUUCUCGACAUUAAUGACAAUGCACCGGAAUUUGCCAUGGACUACGAGACCACUGUCUGUGAAAAUGCACAGCCAGGGCAGGUUAUCCAGAAAAUCAGUGCUGUGGAUAAAGAUGAGCCAUCCAAUGGGCACCAGUUCUACUUCAGCUUAACAACAGAUGCAACAAAUAACCACAACUUUUCACUGAAAGAUAACAAAGACAACACCGCCUCCAUCCUCACCAGGAGAAACGGCUUCCGGAGACAGGAGCAGUCGGUGUACUACCUGCCCAUCUUCAUCGUGGACAGCGGCUCUCCCUCGCUCAGCAGCACCAACACGCUCACCAUCCGCGUGUGCGACUGUGACAACGACGGCGUAGCCCAGACCUGCAACGCCGAGGCCUAUGUCUUGCCUGCGGGGCUCAGCACCGGGGCCCUCAUCGCCAUCCUGGCCUGCGUCCUCACCUUGCUGGUGUUGAUCCUCCUGAUUGUCACCAUGAGGAGAAGGAAAAAGGAGCCCCUCAUUUUCGACGAAGAGAGGGACAUUCGGGAAAACAUCGUCCGCUACGACGACGAGGGCGGAGGAGAGGAAGACACGGAGGCCUUCGACAUGGCAGCGCUGAGGAACCUCAAUGUCAUCCGAGACACGAAAACCAGGAGGGACGUGACUCCGGAGAUUCAGUUCUUGAGUCGACCGACUUUGAAGAGCAUCCCGGAUAAUGUCAUUUUCCGGGAGUUUAUUUGGGAGAGACUGAAAGAAGCCGAUGUGGACCCGGGGGCUCCCCCUUACGAUUCCCUGCAGACCUACGCGUUCGAGGGCAACGGCUCGGUGGCCGAAUCCCUGAGCUCCUUAGAUUCCAUCAGCUCGAACUCGGAGCAGAAUUACGACUAUCUGAGUGACUGGGGGCCUCGCUUUAAGCGGCUGGCGGACAUGUAUGGCACCGGCCAGGAGAGUCUGUGCUCUUAGCCUUGGCACCUUGAUGUCAAAUGUA